GUUGGAUUGGGCUAUAAAAAGGGCUCUGGAUAGCCUUCUCCAUCGCACUUUGAACGGGUCACUUCUCUAAUAUUCCCUAUAAAGCCAGGCGGUCCGUUCAGCCAGAUCCAUCCCAUUUCAACAGGCUUUCAAUAUCGAUUUGGAAUCUGUAAACCAGCUUAUUGAUUAGUAUUGCUGCUUGAGUACUGGGAAGCAGAAGAGACCAAAAAGACAGAAGAAAAGGGAAAACAUGUCAGAUUAAAGGAGACCCUGUAACUUGCAGUUUCCCUUGAGAGUUGGAUUGGGCUGUAAAAAGUGCUCCGGAUCUCCAUCGCACCUUGAACGAGUUACUUCUCUAAUAUUCCCUAUAACACUAAUGCUGGCUGUACAGGCCAGCAUUAAUGGAUAGCUGGGCGGGUGGGGGGUGGGUGAUUAUUUAAGAAAAAUAAUUCACCCACCCCCUCUGUUUGUGUGUGGCCUGUUCAGCCAUAUCAAUCCCAAUUCAACAAGUUCUUCAUUUUUCAUAUAUUUCUAUCAGUUCUAUUUCCCUACUUUACCCGCACCCAAUUUAUCCGGCCAUUUCUAUCUUCAAAUAGGAUUUCGUCACCCUGCAGGCUUUCAAUAUCGAUUUUUGGAAUCUGUAAUUGUAAACCAGCUUAUUGAUUAGUAUUGCUGCUUGAGUACUGGGAAGCAGAAGAGACCAAAAACACAGAAGAAAAGGGUUGAAGAUGGCUUCAGAAGAAAAUGAUCUUUUCGACGUUGAAGCCCAGCAAUUACCGUUGCUGCCAACACAUGAACCAGAAAGUACUUCAAGACGGACUUGGCGGAUGGCAAUUUUGUUUAUACGCUCGGCCAACCUUUUCAAGUCAUUGGGAAAAAACUAUUCCACCGAUGGCUCUUCAUCUGAUUCGAGCGUAUCAAUAUCGUUGCCUGCUUAUACUUCUGUUGGUACUGCUGAUGGUGAAGAUAAUGCGGGUUCAGAAAUCGUGGAAGCUGCACAUGUUUCGCUGGAGUUUCCUGAGGAUUCCUUAAUUGUCAACUCUACUCCCCAGAGUGAAUACACCAGUACUAUUGAGCUCCAGCGCAUCCAGAUGGGAAACAUCACCGAGAUGGUAAAGACAAUGAACUUGGACGAACUUCAUAAUAUUGGAGGAGUCCAGGGAGUUGCAGAUGCAUUGAACACUAAUCUCAUUAAUGGACUUUCUGAUAACCUUGAAGCUUUUUCUGAAUGCAAUACAAACGAAAUCUCUCAAGCCCUCACCUUCUUCCACUUCUUUAAGGAAGGGUGCAACAACUACACAAUCUUCCUUCUAUCAUUAGCUGCCGUCCUAUCCCUGUCCUUUGGAAUUAAGCAAGAAGGCGUAGCGAAUGGCUGGUUUGAUGGGACAAUUUUACUUGUUUCCAUCUUUGUACUUGUUGUUUUUAUAGCAAUACGUUCUUACUCCCAAGCAAGGUGGUACCAGAAGAAGUUCAAGAAACAAUGGUUUUCAGAAGGGAGGAAUGGGAAAGUAAAAGUUAUCAGAUCAGGGGAUGCUUUAGUAGUUCCUUCAUCUGGUCUACGUGUUGGUGAUCUAAUAUGUUUGCUGAACGGAUAUCAGGUUCCAGCUGAUGGAAUAUUUGCAGAUGGUCAAGCACUACAGUUGGACGAUGGGUUAAGUACUCUGACAGUUGACAGCGAACACCCAUUUUUGUUCUAUGGUUCAAGGGUGAUCAAUGGAGAUGCUCGAAUGAUUGCGACAUCUGUGGGGACGGACACAAUGCUGGUCCCGAUGAUGGGCAAGGAGAUCGAAUCUCCUGAAAAGAAGUGCGAAUUUGAAGUUUUACUUCAUAAAUUGAGAACCCGUGUAGACUUUUCUGCACUUCUACUCUCAAUCCUUAUCCUUAUAGUUAUGUUUCUACGAUAUUCACUGGGAAAAAGAGAUGAUGAAUUCGGUCAUAGACCAGAUCCAAAGGGAGAACCUACUCGUUUGAAAACUAUUAUGGAUGUCAUCAAAGGAAUUAUAAUAGAAUCAAAGGGGACAGCAAGAGUUUUGAUUGCUUCGCUGAGUGUCUCAGUGGUAGGUAUAAUGGAAGGCAUACCUUUUGUCAUUUCAUUUGCAGUCGCCCGUAGGAGCCGGAAGACACUAGCAGAAAACGCUUCAGAGAAUGACCCACUAGCUUGUGUGAAAAUGGCAUCAGUUACAGCCAUUUGCACUGACAAAUAUAGUGGAUUGACAGUUGACAAGUUUUUUGUGGAUAAGGGAUUUGUUGGGGAAAGCUCUGAGGUAUCCCCAAAUGUCCUCGAAUCUUUAUGUGAUGGAAUUGGAAUAUCACUUCUCUCGUCAUCUCACAGAGUUAAUGAUUUAAAGGAAUUGGUACUUAUCUCCUGGGCUGAAGAUAAGUUUGGUUUACGAAGGGAAACCCUAAGACAUCAAUGCAGCGUUGUCAAGCAUACAGAGGAUAACCUAUUCCGAUGUAGUGGAGCACUUUUGCUGAAAACCACAGAAAAUGGACAAGAGCGGCAUUUACAUUAUAAUGGACCUCCUCAGGAUAUUUUGUCCAUGUGUUCUGGUUACUAUAACGUUGCAGGGGAAAUACAUGCAAUAAAUGGUGAAAAAAGGAGAACGUUUGAACAAGUCCUUAGGGACUAUAUGCUAGAUGGACGAGAAGUAAUCGCAUAUGCUUGGAAACGCACAGAUGGAUCUAAUGUUAUGUCAAUUGAAGCAAAUGAUUUGAUCUUCGUAGGAAUGGUAGGCCUGAGUAACAUAAAUCCGGUUUGUAUAAGAAAUGCUGUCUCAACUUUGAAAGAAGGUGGAGUUAGGACUAUUCUUGUUUCUGGAGAUUGUAUUGAUGUACUUAGAACUAUUGGCAACAACUAUGGGCUGCUUACUCCGGAGUCGGAUGCUCUAACAGGUGAGGAAUUUAGGAACUUAACUGACGGAGAGAGAAGGCAGAAGUUGGACAGAAUAUGUAUCAUGGGAAGCUGCACCUUGCACGACAAGGUUCUUCUGGUGAAGUGCUUGAGAGAAGAAGGUGAAGUAGUUGCAAUGUUGGGGCAGAAAACAAAUGAUGCUCCAGCACUAAAAGAAGCCGAUAUAGGGCUGACAAUGGGGAUUUGGAGCUCAGAAAUUGCCAGAGAGUGCUCCGAUAUCGAUAUCAGGAAUGGGAAUUUUACUUUUCUUGUUAAUCUGAUGGAGAACGGGAGAUGCAUUUAUGAGAACAUAAGAGAAUUCAUCCAAUUUCAGCUUAUAUUCACCAUAUCAAGCUCAUUAAUUAAUUUCAUCGCAACUAUAGGUUGGGGGGAUGCCCCCAUGACAGCAUUUGAGUUUUUCUGGUUGAACAUGGUGGUUGCAAUUCCUGGAGGCUUGGCACUGCUGAGUGAGUGUCCAAAAGAAAGCCUAAUGAAAAUGCCUCUGAAAUCAGCUGGACAACUUAUUACCAAGGCCAUGUGGAGAAAUAUUGCCCUACAAGCUUCUUAUCAAACUGCCAUAUGUCUGACUCUUCACCUCAAAGGACGUGCAAUCCUUGGAAUAGGUGCUGGCCCCAUUAAGUCCAUGAUUUACAAUUCCUUGUUUCUCUGCCAGUUAUUCAACUUAUUCGUUGCUAGAGAGCUUGAAAAGAAGAAUAUUUUCAAAGGUCUUCACCAGAAUAGAUGGUUUUGGGUCGCAUGUGCUAUUUUUCUAACGUGUCAAGCAGCAAUGGUGGCAGCAGAAAAUGUGUUCGACAUUAGUACGAGGUUGAACUGGAUGUUGUGGGCUUCAUGCAUUCUAAUCGGACUAAUUUCAUGGCCGCUGGAUUUCGCCGGGAAAUGGAUUGGUUCGCUAGUAUUCCUUUCCUGAUAACGAAUUUAUUUUUAUUUUUGGCAUGUCAUGCAUGCAUUUUUUUAUUAUGCAUGUAAAUAUCAAUAAAGAUACUUGGAUGCUGUAAAAAUUACAGCCCUCCCCACUUUUAUAUGGGAGACGGGUGUACAAGUUGUUGUGCAUGUAGCACUUUUGUGUAAAUAUAAGUCAUUUACUCUA